AUGUCUUUGUAUAUUCUCGUUCUCUUCCUCGUCCUAGUCUUCGUCCCGUUAAUAAGUUCAGCACCACCUCCAAAUUUAACGAAAGAUUAUUACCAGAAAACGUGUCCCGAUUUUAGUAAAAUCGUACGUGAAACCGUGACACCAAAGCAAGGUCAGCAGCCGACGACAGCUGGUGGAACGCUCCGUCUCUUUUUCCAUGAUUGUUUCUUGGAAGGAUGCGAUGCUUCUGUCCUAAUCGCUACAAAUUCUUUCAACAAAGCCGAACGCGAUGAUGACCUCAACGAGUCACUCCCUGGAGAUGCGUUUGACAUUGUGACACGCAUCAAAACCGCUCUUGAAUUGUCUUGUCCCGGUGUGGUAUCUUGCGCAGACAUCCUGGCUCAGGCCACACGUGACCUUGUCACAAUGGUUGGUGGGCCUUUCUAUGAAGUCAAAUUGGGCCGUAAAGAUGGUCGUGAGUCGAAAGCCCAUAAAGUCAAAGGAAAUCUACCUUUAGUGAACCAGUCCGUUCCCGACAUGUUAUCGAUAUUCAAGAAGAAUGGUUUCACUCUAAAGGAGCUGGUUGCGUUAAGCGGAGGGCAUACGAUCGGAAUCUCACACUGCAAAGAGUUCAGCAACCGGAUAUUCCCGAAGACUGAUCCAGGACUCGACGCACGAUUCGCAGGCGUUCUUAGAAAUCUAUGCAAGAAUUACACGACCAAUAAGACGAUGGCGGCGUUUCUCGAUCCGGUGACACCGGCAAAAUUCGAUAAUAUGUAUUUCAAGAACUUGAAACGAGGGCUUGGACUGUUAGCUUCGGACCAAAUCUUGUUUAAAGACACUAGCACGAGACCGUUUGUGGAACUAUAUGCGAAUAAUCAGACGGCUUUCUUCGAGGAUUUCGCACGUGCCAUGGAGAAACUAGGCACGGUUGGUGUUAAAGGCGAAGGAGAUGGAGAGGUGAGACGCAGAUGCGAUCACUUCAACAAUCUUAACGUAUAAGUAACAUAAACAGAAGAACUUAAAUGAGUUCAGUUUUCUUUGUAUUAACUUUUGGAAUAAAAUGUAGUAGGUAUA